GGCAGCAGCAGCACAGCACAGCAACGCACUGCCCCUCCUUGCCAACAAAUAAGAAGGAUGUGCACCCCUCAUGCCGGUCUUCAAAAGUGAUACCCCCCAUUUUCCCUCCCUCCUCAUCCCCCGUGAUGCCCAAACCCUCCUCCCAGAUCCACCGCGCCUGGUGGAAGGAAAGCUCCGUCUAUCAGAUCUGGCCCGCCUCCUUCAAAGACAGCAACGAUGACGGCAUUGGCGACAUCCCCGGAAUUGUCUCCAAAUUGGACUAUAUCAAGAAUCUCGGGGUCGAUAUUGUGUGGCUAUGCCCUUCGUACAAAUCUCCCCAGGUCGACAUGGGGUACGAUAUUUCGGACUACUACAGCAUCGCCGAGGAGUACGGCACGGUCGCGGACGUCGAGAAGCUGAUCCAGGGCUGCCACGAGCGGGGGAUGAAGCUUCUCAUGGAUCUCGUGGUCAAUCACACCAGCGACCAGCACGAGUGGUUCAAGCAGUCGCGCCGCUCCAAGGACAACGAGUACCGCAACUGGUACGUCUGGAAACCGGCUCGCUAUGACGAGCAGGGCAAUCGCCAGCCCCCUAACAACUGGGUGUCACAUUUCCAGGGAAGCGCCUGGCAAUGGGACGAGCACACCCAGGAAUACUACCUCCAUCUGUACGCGACCGAACAGCCCGAUCUCAAUUGGGAACAUCCGCCCGUGCGCCAGGCGGUGCACGAGAUUGUGCGCUUCUGGCUGGACAAGGGUGCCGACGGGUUCCGCAUGGAUGUCAUCAACUUCAUCAGCAAGGACCAGCGCUUUCCGGAUGCCCCGGUCCAGGACCCGCGCACGCCCUGGCAAUGGGGCGACAAGUACUACGCCAACGGCCCCCGGCUGCAUGAGUACCUGCAGGGCAUCGGGCAGAUCCUGACGGAGUACGACGCCUUCAGUGUCGGGGAGAUGCCUUUUGUCAAGGACACCAACGAGGUCCUCCGGGCGGUGCGCUUCGAUCGCCACGAGAUCAACAUGAUCUUCAACUUCGAGCACGUCGACAUUGACCACGGCCCGUACGAUAAGUUCGAGCCCGGCAGCUGGAAGCUCACGGACCUCAAGUCGUUCUUCGAAACCUGGCAGAAGUUCAUGUACGAGAACGAUGGCUGGAAUGCGCUGUACUGGGAAAAUCAUGAUCAGCCGCGGUCGAUUGACCGGUUCACGAACGCCAAGGAGGAGUACCGCACCGCGGCUGGCAAGAUGCUGGCGACCGUGCUGGCGCUGCAGUCCGGUACGCCGUUUGUGUAUCAGGGCCAGGAGCUGGGGAUGAGGAAUGUCCCCGUGGACUGGGACAUGAGUGAGUAUAAGGACAUUGACUGUCUGAACCACUGGCAUAGGCUCCUCGCACACAAGCCCGACGACACUGAAGCGCACAAGAUCGCCCGACAGGAGUACCAGAAGAAGUCCCGCGACAACGGGCGAACCCCGGUGCAAUGGUCCGCAGCUCCCAACGGGGGGUUCACCGGGCCGAACGUCAAGCCCUGGAUGUCGGUCAACCCGGACUUCGAGCGCGUCAACGCGGAGGCGCAGGUCCAGGACCCGCAGUCGACGUAUCACUACUGGUCGUCUGUGUUGGGGCUACGGAAGAAGUACCACGACAUUUUUGUCUACGGGGAUUAUGAGCUGGUUGACCGGGCGAACGAGGAGAUUUUCGCCUACACCCGGCAGUACGAGAACCACAAGGCGCUGGUGCUGGCUAAUUGGACCGAGAAGACGCUGGAGUGGGAUCCCGCUGCAAAUGGCAUCCAAGGCGUGCAGGAUGUUGUCCUGAAUACAUAUGGAAGCGCGGCAUCGACCCAGGAACGGUUUACGGGGGGUGGUGGGCAAUGGUCGCUUCGUCCAUAUGAGGCGGUGGUUGCGCUGGUGCAGGCGUGAGAUCAGGUAUCGAAAAUCAGUGAAGGAGCAUUUAGCCAGUGUAAUGCCACGGGGUUUGGGAUUGAGUCCCCUCAAGCAUAGAAUUGAUAUCUGGUACUGUAAAUGUGAUGAGAUGAAGAAUUUAAGUCAAUUCAGAAUGCAAGACAUCAAUCACUCAGUGCUCAGCAUCCCUGAAAGGUGGCAAACCCAUCUUCUGGUCUUCAAGUAUCUCCCUCAAGGAAGAAAACUGGCGUAACACUUAUUGAUAUGGGCAGUCAAUCACCCACCCCGGCCAUUCUAUGCUAGUCGUUACUGACGUCUUCAUGCCUUCUCUUCUGUACUGUUGUCUCACCACCAGCACCACCACGCUCCCGGUGA